CCCUCCCCGCGCCGCCGAGAGAAAAGUGCGGGCGGGGGCGCCGCCCCGCCGGCCGUCCCGCCGCCGCUGCGCCCGGAGCCGCCGCCGCUCCUCGCCGCCGGCCGCCAUGUCUCUGGGGAAGAAAAUUGUCUAUAAGAGUGUGUGUCUGUCCCUGGCCCUGCUCGUGGGCAUAGCUGUAUUCCAGCGUAAUCUGGCCCCCGACCAGUUUCUGCAAGAGCCCCCCCCACCGCCCACGCCAGGGCCCCCGAAGGCCCAGAAACCAAGUGGACAGCUGGUGAACCCCAAUGACUUCUGGAAGAGAUCGAAGGAGCCGGUCUCCCCCGCGCCCAUGGCCUCGUGGGGCCCCCAGGCCUGGGAAGUGACCUCCGCCAACUGCUCGGCCAACGUCAACCUGACCCACCAGUCCUGGUUCCAGGGCCUGGAGCCCCACUUCCAGCAGUUCCUGCUCUACCGCCACUGCCGCUACUUCCCCAUGCUGCUCAACCACCCCGAGAAGUGCCGCGGCGACGUCUACCUGCUGGUGGUCGUCAAGUCGGUCAUCACGCAGCACGACCGGCGGGAGGCCAUCCGCCAGACCUGGGGCCAGGAGCAGGCGUCGGUGGGCGCGGGCCUGGGCGCCCGGCGCACCCUCUUCCUGCUGGGCACGGCCUCCAAGCGGGAGGAGCGCGCCCACUACCAGCAGCUGCUGGCCUACGAGGACCGGCUGUACGGCGACAUCCUGCAGUGGGACUUCCUGGACAGCUUCUUCAACCUGACCCUCAAGGAGACCCACUUCCUCCGGUGGCUGGACACCUUCUGCCCCAGCGUGCGCUACGUCUUCAAGGGCGACGACGACGUCUUCGUCCACCCCACCAACCUGCUGGAGUUCCUGGCCGACCGGCGGCCCGACGAGGACCUGUUUGUGGGCGACGUGCUGCAGCACGCCCGGCCCAUCCGCAGGAAGGACAACAAGUACUACAUCCCGGCGCCGCUGUACGGCAAGGCCAGCUACCCGCCCUACGCCGGCGGCGGCGGCUUCCUCAUGGCCGGGGGCCUGGCCCGCCGCCUGCACCGCGCCUGCGACACCGUGGAGCUCUACCCCAUCGACGACGUGUUCCUGGGCAUGUGCCUGGAGGUGCUGGGCGUGCAGCCCGUGGCCCACAAGGGCUUCAAGACCUUCGGCAUCUCCCGGAACCGCAACAGCCGCAUGAACAAGGAGCCGUGCUUCUUCCGCUCCAUGCUGGUGGUGCACAAGCUGCUGCCCGCCGAGCUGCUGGCCAUGUGGGGGCUGGUGCACGGCAACCUCACCUGCUCCCGCAAGCUGCAGGUGCUCUGACCCCGGCCGGUGGAGGGUCUGGAUCUGGGCCUGAGGGAGCACAGGCAGCCGGGGGGACGCUCUGCAGAAAGCGGAGCUGAGGCGCGGGGCCCGUUGGGAACAGCCCGGCCUGGAGAAGGUCCUGCUGGCGGCCCUCUGACCUGGUGGAGGCCCUGGCGGCCUCUGGAGGAACCCUGUGCUCAGGUACCUAAGCGAGGCCAGGCCCUGGAUGGCUGCGUGGCUGCCCUCUUCAUUCACAGAAGGUUCCUCUCCUGUGAAACGCCUCAGUCUCCCAGCGGGCCCGAGCAGCCUUUUCAGGAGCAGCUCAGCCCCACACCCACUCCGUGCUCCUCGGUCUCCUGGAGACAGAGCCUCAGCCCCUGGCACACCCUCCCUCCCUCCCCCCGGGCCUGCCUGGAGUUGGCUGCGCAGCCCCUUCUGCUCUCAGGCGGCUUGAGUCCUGGCUGCGUCCUGUGAUGCUCGGACCGGCCCCUGUCUGGAAGGGCCUGCCCCUCAGACUACCUCAGCGACCCUCAGAACCUCCGAUGGCAGCAGCCCGCCCCCCGCCCCCCGCCGACGCAGGGCUCGGCCCCAAAGUCACGGUGCUGCCCGCCCAGCCCAGCCACGGGCCCCCCUGCGGCCCACUGAGGUCUGAGUCCCCGGCCAGGAGCCAGCCGGUUUGACCCUGGAAGUGGACAUACCUCUCUCACUGUGAAGCUCUAUUUAUGAAGAAUUUGGAGGAAGAAGACGCCAGGCCCUUCCCUCAUCCCAGACACCCCCUCCCUGGGCCACCCUGACCCUCGCCCAGGGCACCCCGGAGCCUGGCACAGCCCCCUCCGGAGCCCCCCUGCUCCAGGGCCCACAGACCAGCGUUUGCUCCUGUGAAGGCCAGGAAAGUCCCUCGGGGGCCGCCCCGCCCAGGUUCGGGGUCCUUGGGGCGGGCGCAGAAGGAUGUCCCCUCGUAUCUCGGGGUCAAGUUGCCUGGGAAAGGAGUGAGGAAUUGACUGUUGGCUCAAUAAAAGGGGACUGGGUUU